AUGGCAAAGGAUCACGAGAAGAGCGCUGACAGGUCCGCCGCCGACCUCGUCAGAAAUAUCAAGUCGCCUGGUGUUUCUCGUAUCGAGGCCAUCACAGGCGCCAUCACCUUGACCGACCGCGUCGUCAUCUUCCUCAGCGUCCUUCUGCUUGCUUACUGCUACGGUCUUGAUGGCACUCUGCGAUACACCUACCAGCCGUAUGCUACUGGUUCAUGGGACAGUCACUCUCUCCUGUCGACGAUCAAUGUCAUCCGUGCCGUGAUUGCGGCGGCUGCUCAGCCAACCGCCGCCAAGAUUGCCGACGUCUUUGGCCGCGUCGAGCUCAUCUGCGUCUCCGUCUUCUUCUAUGUCCUUGGAACAGUGAUUGAGGCUGCAGCCACCAAUAUCGCGACCUAUGCUGGCGGCAACGUCAUUUACCAGGUCGGCUACACCAUGGUCCUGCUUCUAGUUGAAGUCAUCAUUGCCGACAUUACCUCCACCCGUGCCCGUCUCUUCUUCAGCUAUAUUCCAGCGCUACCAUUCCUCAUCAACGCGUGGAUUAGCGGCAACGUUGCCAACGCCGUCUUGGGAGCAACAACCUGGCGAUGGGGUAUCGGAAUGUGGUCCAUCAUUUACCCAGUUUGCGCUCUGCCGCUCAUCAUCAGCCUCUCGAUUGUAGGCCGGCGCGCAAAGAAGCAGGGUCUCCUUGCCGACUACCGAUCAUCCUUUGAGCAGCUUGGCUUCAAGAAUCUCGUCGUAGAGCUCUUUUGGCUGUUGGAUGUUAUCGGCAUCCUCCUCCUCAUCGCCGUCUUUGCGCUCAUCCUUGUACCCUUUACUCUGGCUGGCGGCGUCCACAGCCAAUGGCGCACUGCGCACAUCAUUGCGCCGCUCGUCGUUGGCGUUUGCUGUAUCCCAUUCUUCGUCUACUGGGAGCUCAAGGCUCCUCACCCACUGGUUCCAUUCUCUCUCAUGAAGGACCGAUCUGUGUGGGCUCCCAUGGGCAUUGCUGUCUGCCUCAAUUUUGCGUGGACUAUGCAAGGCGACUUCCUCUACACUGUGCUCGUCGUCGCAUUCGAUUUCUCCAUUACAACUGCGACCCGAGUCACAUCGCUAUACUCGUUCGUCAGUGUUGUCAUCGGAGCCAUUCUAGGCCUGGUGGUGUAUAAAGUUCGCCGUCUCAAAAUCUUCGUCGUUGCCGGAACCUGCCUCUUUAUGGUGGCCUUCGGAUUGCUCAUCCAUUACCGUGGAUCCACCACGGGCUCCAGCCGUGUUGGUGUCAUCGCAGCUCAGGUUGUCCUAGGUCUCGCCGGAGGCAUGUUUCCUUACACUGCUCAGGCCUCUAUUCAAGUUGGCCUGAAGCACGAGAACUUGGCCGUUAUGACGGGUCUUUACCUGGCCGUAUACAACAUUGGGUCUGCCUUGGGAAAUACUGUAUCUGGAGCUUUGUGGACCCAAUUGCUCCCAACGGCUUUGGAAACCCGGCUGGAAAAUAUCAAUUCCACAUUGGCGAUUGAGGCUUAUGGCAACCCUCUUGUGGCCAUCCUUCCAUAUCCUCCUGGUACACCUGAGAGAGAUGCCAUCGUCGACUCGUAUCAGUAUAUCCAGCGCUUGCUCGCCAUUACCGGUAUCUGUAUCUGCAUUCCUCUCAUUGCGUUUUCUCUCGCAAUUCGCAACCCCCGCCUUACUGGGGAGCAGACCUUGGCUGUGGAUUCAGACGUUGAAGAAGCCCAGGAGGGAAGCCCACGCAAGUAA